AUGACCUCUUCGUUGAGUGAUGGAGACCCUCUUCAGUCGCCAAAUCACCUGUCCUCUACGUCGAUACCGACCCUCGAGGUGCCCAAGUCAAGAUCACCCGCGAGAAAUGAAUCACCCGAGACUUCCACCACGAGUCUCCCUCUCCGCACAUCGAGUCCGCCCGCCUUAGGCUCUCGGACGAGCACUCUUUCCGGAGCGCUAUCCCGCUCCAGUUCUCCCAACGGGAGACUGUCGUUAUCAUUCUCACGGUUCGGACGUUCGCAAACGCAUAGUCCACUGGGGAAUCCGUCAGAGACAUAUGACGACACGAGAUCGCUCAUUGUGCGGGCCUUUUCACCCACGGUCGCAAUCUACGCUUCCCCAGAAGUCGACGAACUCGCGACCCGGAAGGGUGUGAAGAAAGGUUUCUUGGGCCUGGUCCGGCCUUUCGGCGAUAGGAUCAACGGCAAGGUCGUGGUGCGAGACAGUACAGGCGCAAGUCGAGCGUGGGAAGACUUCGGCGUCCAUUUCGCGGACCUCGGCAAGCUGGCCACAGAUGGCGCAUCCUCACAGACAGAGUCCGACGCCACAGAGAAGGUGGAGGAGUUGAUGGAACACUAUGUGGGUGAAGGCUUCAACGAGGCAGAAGACGUGCCAGGACGGGGUGAGGCGUCGCCCUUUUACCGGCUGUUCCUGGGCCGACUCUUGUGCUCCCAAUCCAUGAGCGCGCACGAGUCGUUUCGACAUCCGGUCGGGGCUGUCAUCGCCAUCAGUUCAGCCACGAACCAGCCGAUCGAGACCCUCCGCACUCUUUAUCAGCAGUCAGCAUCGGGGUCACGAGCGUUGCCUGCUUACGCGAAUCCGGAAUAUCUGAGAUACUAUGUCCUCGUGCACGACGAAGACCGAGAUGACUUCGCCAAGUCUUCCGCCCUCUUCGACCAGAUGAAGCGCCAUUUUGGCCUCCACUGCCACCUUCUCCGGCUGAGGUCGGCCUCGUGCACGCAGUCCGACGACGACGCUGAAGAACUUCCUACCAGUGAAUGGCUUUCGGCGGAUGAGCAGCUCGCCCUAUUGGACGACACGGCAGACCUCAUCGACCUGGACACGUCCACAUCACCGUACAUCUUCUCUUCGGACACUACGGCGCUGCGGGGAUUUGUGCGCGAGCUCAUCGCCCAAUCUGUCAUCUACCACAUGGAGCAAAGAAUCGCUUUGUGGAACGAGCAGAUUGCCGCGAGACGCCGCGGGAUUUCCGGCCGAUUCAUGUCGCUGUCGAAGCGAUGGACAAGCAUUGGUGGCUCGUCUCGAAGCUCAUCUUCCACGUCGAAUGUCAGUACCAGCGGCAAUUAUGACAGCCUGCAAGGAACAUACCGAUACGACGCUCCGGAGAGCCUGUUGCGGAAGCUAGCUGACUAUGCAUUUAUGCUACGCGAUUACAAACUGGCAGCCUCGACCUACGAGAUACUCCGUGGAGACUACUCGAAUGACAAGGCAUGGAAGCACUUGGCUGGAGCGAACGAAAUGUGCUGCAUCGCUACACUAUUGAACCCACUGACCAACAGUGGCAGUUCCAAGUUCAAGGUCGAGAAUUUCGACACCAUGCUGGAAACAGCGAGCUAUUCGUACUUGGCCCGGUGUAAUGCUCCACAUUUGGCAUUGCGCGCCAUCUUGCUCGGGGUAGAGCUUUUGAAGGUGCGCGGACGAGCGGCGAGCGAACUGGCGGCCAAAUGGGCCACGAGGAGUCUCGAGUUGAGCCUGGUCGGCAGCAUCGGUCAUGUCCUGGUCAGUGAGCGCGUGGCUUCUUGUCUCGCAGACCGGAUCGGCAUCGGUAAUACCAGCUGGGGCACGCGCAAGCGGAAAGCAGCGCUGUGGAGUAUCAUGGCCGCAGACGAGUGGAUGAAACUGGGUCGAGCAGAAAUCGCCGCAGGGAAGCUUGACGAGGCGCAAGAGCUCUACGGCGAGACCCGACACAGCGAGUCGCACAAACAAUUCCACGAUCUGGCGGAAUACCUCGAGCAACUGCGCCUCGCCGUGCGAAUGAAGCUCGGCGAAGCGCGGAAAAGAGGAUUCAGUGGUGCCACGCGACGACUUGAGCUCGAAGGGCCGGUCGAGUCGUCAGUCGAUGUCGAGGACGAAACUGUCGAGGAGAUGAACUCGUUGGAGAAAACCGACAGCAGGGGCCGGAGGAGGAGCAGUCUCUUGGGAGGAGGAGGUGGUGGUGGCGCCGGAGCGGGCGGAGUGAGUCUAAUAGAGCCUCUCACUCCGUUGAGUCCAGCUCGACUGGGUCGACCGGACAAGUUCUUGCAGGACGAUGACUUUGAAUGA